ACUGUAGUUGUUUUGUUCGCAUUCACUCACACAGUGUACCGAGAUUGUAUAGCUGAAAGCGGGUGCAGACUAGAAUAAAUUGAUACAUCAUCAUGACGUCAUCGGCUCCAGGAUUACUCGGGGAAUCGUUGAAAGGAAAAGUUGCCCUGGUCACAGGUGCUAGCUCAGGGAUAGGAGCGGAGAUUGCCCGACAUUUCGCUUCCCUUGGGUGCCGACUAGCUCUGACAGGACGAGACAUGGAAGCACUUCGAAAUGUUACUGAUGAGUGUAUACAGAGAGGGCUACACAAAGAUCAGAUUUUGAUGAUCCAAGCUGAGUUUGAAUUGGAAGAAGAUGUGACGAGAAUUUCAAAGGAGACGAUACAGAAAUUCAACCAACUUGACGUAUUGGUGAAUAACGCAGCAAUGUUUAAGCUUGACACCAUUGAGACAUUCACCUUACAAAAUUUUGAUCACAUCUUCGCUGUGAAUGUGAGGGCACCUCUUCAUCUUACCAAGAACCUUGCGCCAUAUCUGAUCAAAACGAAAGGAACUGUGGUAAAUAUAUCAAGCAUAUGUGGUCGGACGUCGAUGACCAAUAUGAUGAGCCACUCUAUGUCCCAAACAGCGAUGGAUCACAUGACACGAUGUUUAGCUGAAGAACUAGCGCCUCAUGGAGUUAGAGUCAAUGCUGUGAAUCCUGGUGCAACAGCUACUCCGAUCUUCAAAAGAACAGGAAUGACUGACGAGCAAAUAGCCAAGUUUUUUGAGAGAUGCAAGGUUCUCCAUCCCUUGGGUAGGAAUGGUUAUGUGGAUGAGGUAUCCCGACUCGUAACAUUCUUGGCAUCUAACGAUUCGUCAUUCACUACCGGAGAAACAGUUGGUGUUGAUGGAGGGCGCCAUCUCUUGAUCCGACCAGUAAACGAUUAGAAUUUAUGGAUACGCAUUGAAAUUGAGGUUGUUAUGACAGUUUAAGAUUGAGGUAAUAACGUUAUUCAUCCAAAACUAAGGACUGAAAACGUUUUCACGGUCGCCUUUAUAAUAGCCUGUUAAAAAGUUAAUGUAGCUAUAAAUAGCCUUUAAAAAUGAAAUUGAUGUAUACUUUUAGCAUUUCUUUGAAUUAUAAGAUUCCAUACUAAAUCGAUGUAUUAAGGGGCUUUCACAAUCGCUCUUGCGAUCGUUUGCGAUGAAAAAAAUUUAGUCGCAAUAUAUGUUGCACACAAUCGCUGCGGUUGUAAGCGGUCGCACCACCAAUUGUAAAAGGGGCUUUACUAAAGGGGCUUUCACAAUUGCUCGUGCGAUCGUAAUACAAUCAUUUUGGUCGCAAUAU